AUGGGCGUUGAACUCGUUGCAGCCGACAGUCUGGCCCUGAAGAUCCUCCGAGUGACUCCCUUGAUCGCCACGACAAUUCUAUUGGUCAACCGACUGGCACAAUACUUUGCGCUCUCCUCGUUUCUCCCUCCUUAUACCUCCACCAAAAAGGUUGACCAUGUUGGCGCUGCCCUACAACACUGGCUCCAAACGGUGGUCCCUCGAAUUUGGACUGGAGUCAUCGGUAUCGUCUUGAUUGCGCGGGUGGCUCUUAUCCUCAAUUUGUUUGUGCACACCGAAGACUUAGCCGGCACAUAUGCGCGAUUGCUCUACGGCAUUGGCCUGUUCUUCUCGUUUGCGCACUUAUUCAUUGCCCCCACGAUGUUAAAGUUUGAGACGCGCAUGAUGAGUCCAGAUACGAUUCCGGAAGUGACAUUGGAGCUGUUGGCCGGGUGGCUCAAGAUCAAUAACGUGCGGAUUUGGGUGGUGGACGUGCCGUUCUGGGUGGUUGGAGUCCUUGCUACGUUGGAGUCAUGCAAGAUGUAG